GGUUGGAUCGUCUUGAUAAACAGACGAAAAAGUUAAAAGCUAUGCAAACUCCAUUGAAGGUGGCGGUCAUCGGAGCUGGACUCUGCGGGCUAAUCGCGGCUCGGGAGCUUGAAAGAGAAUCCCAUGAAGUCGUGGUAUUUGAAAAAGCCCACAGAUUGGGUGGAGUUUGGGUCUAUGAUCCAAGAACAGAAACGGAUUUACUGGGAGUCGAUCCACAUAGAGAAAUCAUUCAUGCAACAAUAUACAAAUCUUUACGUACAAAUAGUCCACGUCAAAUAAUGGGAUUUUCAGAUUAUCCGUUUCAAGGGAAAGAAUACGGUGACCCACGGAUGUUUCCUGGGCAUGAAGAGUUUUUAAGGUAUUUGGAAGAUUUUGCUGAGAAAUUUGCAGUGAAGAAACUCAUUAGAUUCAAUUCGGAGGUGACCCGAGUUGAUUUCAUUUGUUCAAGAUAUGCGUUUCAAGUGGAAUGGAAGAGGAUUCCGGUAAGUUCGGCUUCGAGUUCAAACUCGACUGAGGUGUUUGAUGCGGUGGUUGUUUGUAACGGUCACAACAGUCAACCUAGGGUGGCUCUCGACAUUCAAGGAAUGCAUGAAUGGACUAAGAAGCAACUGCAUGCUCAUAAUUAUCGAGUUCCUGAACCUUAUCGAGAUCAGGUUGUGGUUAUUAUCGGUAGUGGGUCGAGUGCAUAUGACAUAUCAAGAGAAAUAGCAACCGUUGCCAAAGAAGUUCACUUGUCGUCAAGAUCACCAGAUGCUAAGGUCUCAAAAAUGGACAAAUUCAAUAAUAUAUGGCAGCAUUCGAGGAUAGAUCAUGUUUUCCAAGAUGGUAUAGUUACGUUUCAAGAUGAAGUAUCCAUUAAAGCAGAUACAAUUAUCCAUUGUACAGGGUACAAAUAUCAUAUUCCCUUUCUUGAAACGAAUGGAAUUGUAAGCGUUGAAGAAAAUCAUGUUGCACCUACUUAUGGACAUGUUUUCCCUCCACAACUUGCUCCCAGACUAUCAUUUGUGGGACUAUUUAACAAGGGUAUGACAUUUCUUCCAGCAGAACUGCAAUCAAAGUGGAUAGCUCAAGCAUUAUCCGGGAAGGUUUCAUUGCCGUCCGAAAAAGAAAUGUUGCAUGAUGUAGAACAAGUUUACAGACAAAUGGAAGAGAGGGGAAUCCCCAAGAGCUACACUCAUUCACUUAAUCAUCAAAUGGAUUACAUGGAUUGGUUAUCAGAUCAAUUAGGAACAACACGGCCUCCACAAAAGCUGAAGGACUUUUAUGCACACUUCAUAGAACGUUUUCAUGACGAUCAUGAAGGCUUCCGUGAAGCGUUUGAAUACAGGUUAUCAAACAACGAUGGGAUGUAAAUCAGUUCCUUUCCGAUUUAUUUCAGUAGAUCAUCCUCUAAUCAAUUACAAACUAUGGCUUUGGGGAUAUAGCGAUACAAACAAGAGAUAUAUGUUACAUUUUCCUUGCCAUUUUUUCACUGCUUUUGUAAAAGCAUCACGGAAAACUAUCCAACACUGUCUGGGAACACACUCUAACAGUAUGCACAAUGCAACAUAAACAAGCGUUUAUUUUUUUGACAUAAAGUUAAAUCAUUGAGCUCAAUGUAUCAGACAGGCAAUUCUUUUGUCUCGUGAAAUUGCUGUUUCCAAGAGGAACAAAGAAGAGUUCGUCAUGCUCUAUUGUCUCUACAUUUAUUAAUUUGGCCGGCAAUGAACACCAAUAGUAGAAGUUUGUUUUUGUUAUCUGUAUUAUAUUUUUGUAUAUGACAAAUUAUGUAUAACUGAAACAUAUAUUAUCUUUUUAAUAAUGGC